AUGAGCCUCAGUGUGCCGUCGAGGCGGCUCCUCCGGGGCGCAGCCCCGACCCGUUCAGCCUCCCCGACGACGGCGCUGCUCCCGGCGCUGCAAUCCCUCUCCCUGGGGCCCAAUCCGGCCUCUGCCCGCCCAAUUCACACGACGCCUUCCAACCAAUGGUUCUGGAAUCGCAAGACAAAAUCGACAGACGAGUCCUCCAUUGCGCAGCAAGUGAAAGGCAGCUCAGUGGACCGCAAAGCCCUCGUAGAAAGCCUCACAAAAAGGAUUGAAGGACCUGCUAUUUUUGAAGACGAGAUCAAGGAGACUGCUGCGAAGCAGAAGGAUGGAGCUCCCACCCUCCCAGCGGGCUCCUUCACCAGGGCCGGCGCGUCUCUCGCCCGCGAACACCUCGCCCGCGCCGUCGACCCGGACCCGCGCAGCCGCGUCCGCUGGGAGCGGAAGAUGGUCAUCCGCCAGGUCCAGCGGGGGACGAACCCAUACAGCCGUGAGCCGCGCGCCGAGAAGAUCGCGCGGACGGAGCGGCAGCUGACGAGCAAGUCGCCCUUCCUGGCCACGAGCACCAAGAAGCUCGUGAAGCUCGCGCACCAGAUCCAGGGGAAGACGGUCGCCGAGGCGCUCGUGCAGAUGCGCUUCAGCAAGAAGAAGAUGGCGCAGGAGGUGCGGUACCAGCUGGAGCUGGCGCGGGACCUGGCUAUUGCGGAGCGCGGCAUGGGCCUGGGCUCCAAGGGCCAGGAGGCGAGCGGAGAAGUGCGGGAGAGCGGCGACGGCAAGACGAUCGAGAUACAGACCAAGGAUGGCAAGUGGGUCAAGAUCGACGACCCGACGCGCAUGUACGUCGCCGAGGCGUGGGUGAAUCGAGGGCCAUGGAGAGGCAAGGUACCCGACUACCGUGCCAGAGGACGUGUCAACAUCAAGCACAGGCCCACGGCGGGCAUCUCGAUCGUCUUGAAGGAGGAAAAGACACGGAUACGCGAGUACGAGGAGCGUGUGGCCAAGAAGCUGCGCCAGGGCCCCUGGGUCCACCUCCCCGACCGUCCCAUCACGGCCCAACGGCAGCACUAUUCGUGGUAGAAGGAUUAUUCCGGGGCGCAUCCGAGUAAAGUGCAUGCCCUGUAUCAGUAACAGUGCGGCAGGGCGACAAGGACCCGCGCUGCGAUUCAAUUUCCGCCGUCAUGUCAAGGGGAACAUGUACAAAUAGAGCACUUAUCAAGCACCGUGGGACAGCGGGUUCGGCGUAGGUGGAGGCUCCGAGUCGUGUCGUGUACCAAGGACUCAUCAUGGGCCUGGGAAGCAUACUCCUGGAGUGUUGUUAAGAGACGAUAUCUCCAUACAAGUUCUCCUUUGACUUGAGUGAUAUAGGCCCUACUAGCUGUCCGUGUCUGACACGGCGUGCCAUCAGCCUUCCUUUAAGAGGGAAA